AUGCCGCGUUCCGAUGCUGGGUCUCCUUUGAACGCUUACAGCCGGAGCCCGAGCCCGGAUGUUCGGCGGAGGGUGAAAAGCCCGAGUCGAUCUCCCUCUCCAAGACAUCGUUCUUCUCGUGAUGGUGGUUAUCGUCGUGGCAGUGGAUUUACGGGAGCCAGUAGGGACAAUCCAGAACCAUCCAAAUGUCUGGGUGUCUUUAACCUAUCUCGCUCUACUACUGAAGAUAUUCUACGCGAAGAGUUUGAACGUUUUGGAAAGGUCGAGAGGGCCCAACUCGUGAUCGAUCGCCCGACCGGCGAAUCACGUGGAUUUGGCUUCAUCUAUUUCAAAAAUGUUGACGACGCGAAGGAGGCGAGGGAGAAGAUGUCUGGAGCCUCGUUGGAUGGACGUGAGCUGCGCGUCGAUUUUUCUGUGACGAAGCGGGCUCAUUCUCCAACACCUGGGCAGUAUAUGGGGCAGAAGACGGCGUUCUUUGGGAGGAAUGAUAGGGGGAGUGAUCGAGGAUAUGAGAGGAGAGAUCGAGGAGGACAUGAUCGUGGAAGUUAUGGACGGGAUCGUGAUCGAGGAUAUGGGAGGGAUCGUGGAAGUUAUGGCAGGGAUCGGGAUCGUGGGUAUGGAGGACGACCUUCUUAUGGAGGAGGAGGAGGAGGAGGAGGUGGAUAUCGUGGAAGGGAUGAUCGUGGAGCUCGUCAUCGUUCGGAAAGCCCAUCACCACCUCGUCAUAGACAUGCUCGCUCCCGUUCCCGCUCUGACAGCCCC